AUCUCCUUCGUCACUCAUACUCUCCCAAGUCACACCUUGGCACAAUGCCGACACCGGCAUCACCACGAAAGAGCCAGGAGAAGACUUCGUCGGCCAAGAAGUCGUCGCAGGGCAGCGGAGGAGGCGGCGGAGACAUUCGAGCCUUUUUCGGCAAUGCAGCUGCCAAGCCCAAGCCCAAGCCCCCAGCGGCAAAGGGCACUGGAGAUGAACCCAUUACGAUCGGUAGGUUGUCUGGUCCAGAAAAUGGCGUGUAUAACCUUCCAGACGAGAGCGACAGCGAUGGCGAGAUUGAGAUUAAGAAGAAGCCGCCCGCGACGACGAGCAAGCACUUUGCUUCAUCUUCGAGCCGCCCCGUAGCAGCUGAGUCGAGCACACCAACCUCCACACGCACUUCCCCGCGCAAAGCAGCCGCUCCGAACCCAUCCUCGGCGUCCAAGCGCAAGAUCCUCUCGUCUGACGACGAAAGUGACGAUGAGAUCCCCAUGCGCCCCGUCAAGCGCGCGGCACCAGCUCCCAAGGCGCCGGCCAAGGUCACGCCCAAGUCGACACCGGCAAAGGCGAAGGCACGCUUAGUCGACUCUGGUAGCGAGGAUGAGCCACCGGCGCGCAAGGGCAAGGCGAGGGCCCCUCCGACCGACGAGAGUGAGAGCGAAGAGGAGGAAGAGGUCAAGCCCAAGCCCAAGCCCCGAGCCAAGGCUACUCCGCCCGCGUCCAAGGCCGCCAGCUCGUCCAAGGCGACCAAGCCUGCUGCAAAGUCUGCCGCUGCCAAGGCCGAGGUGAAGGAUGAAGACGACGGCGAGGAGAAGAAGCCCAAGUUCAACUACUACCAACAUGCGGCAUCCCGUGCCGCCGGACCCAAGGCCCCAGGAUCCAAGGAUAUCCCUAUGGGCCAGCCUGGAUGCCUUGCAGGUCUGACAUUGGUGUUCACCGGCGAGCUCGAGUCACUAGGACGAGACGAGGCGAUCGAGUUGGCGAAGCGCUACUUUGCCAAGGUCACGGGAGCCCCAUCAGGCAAGACCUCCUAUGUCAUUCUUGGCGAAAACGCCGGCCCAGGCAAGCUCAAGACGAUCAAGGAGAAGAAAAUUCCUACAUUGACCGAGGACCAGUUCCUCGACAUGAUCCGAACGCGCAAGCCGGGCAAGAUGGACGACAAGACCAAGGCUGCCAUCGAGAAGGAGGAGAAGAAGGUCCUCGACCAGGCCAAGGAGCUUGAGCGCCGUGAGAAGGAGGAAGAGAAGUUGCAAAAGCGCAAGGAGGCCGCGCUAGAGGGCACAGGGCAGGCUGUCAAGAAAGUGGCGCCUCCCUCGGCGCAGCUCUGGGCCACCAAGUAUGCCCCAGCAAACAUCAAGGAGAUCUGUGGAAACAAGGGCCAGGUGGAGAAGCUCAACACCUGGCUCACGGACUGGCAGAAGAACUACAAGACGGGGUUCAAGCGCCCAGGCAAGGACGGUGGCGGCUUGUACCGUGCCGUUCUGAUCUCUGGUGGUCCUGGUAUCGGCAAGACGACUUCGGCGCACCUCGUCGCCAAGGCGGUCGGUUACAACCCCCUUGAACUCAACGCCAGUGACGCACGUAGCAAGAAGCUCAUUGAGAACUUUACCAACAUUGACAACACGUCGCUGGACGGCUUCUUCCAGGGCAAGGGUGCUGCGAGCACGACCGUGGCGAACGCCAAUGUCAACUCGCGAACCUGUCUCAUCAUGGACGAGGUCGACGGCAUGUCGUCUGGUGACCGUGGUGGUGUGGGCGCGCUGAACGCCUUGAUCAAGAAGACCAAGAUCCCCAUGAUCCUCAUCUGCAAUGACCGCAGUCUGCCUAAGAUGAAGCCGCUCUGGGGGACGACGUUCAACCUGCCGUUCAGGAAACCGACCACAAAUGAGAUCCGCUCGCGUAUCUUGUCCAUUCUCCACAAGGAGAAGCUCAAGAUCCCGAGCAACGUCGUGGACGAGCUCAUCGGCGGCGUCAACUCGGACAUUCGCCAGGUGCUCAACAUGCUGUCGACGUACAAGCUCAGCAAGUCGGAUAUGACAUUCGACGAGGGCAAGGAACUUCUCAAGCUCAAUGAGAAGAACACGAUCAUGACGCCGUUCACCAUCACCGACAAGAUCACCGGCCCUUACGCGUUCUCUCGCACAAACAGGCAGACUCUGAACGACAAGAUGGAGCUCUUCUUCCACGACAUCUCGUUUAUGCCCCUGUUCAUUCAGGAGCACUACAUCAAGACGAACCCUGCUGCGUUAACAAACCUCGACGGCCCAGAGAAGUCGAUGAAGAACCUCGAGCUCAUCAGCAAAGCGGCCGACUGGAUCUCUGAUGGCGACCUCGUCGACCGCAUGAUCCACGGCUCGGAGCAGCACUGGUCGCUGCUGCCACUGCACGCAGUGACAUCAAUGGUGGCGCCAUCAUCCUACAUCUACGGUACAGGACGAUCCCCAGCUGGUGGCGGAUGGGGCGGCCCUUCGUUCCCUCAGUGGCUUGGACAGAACUCGAAGCAGACCAAGCUCCAGCGCCAGCUGACGGACAUUCAAAUCAGAAUGCGUCUGAGAGUGUCUGGUGGCCGCGACGAGAUUCGCCAGCAGUACAUGCCGCUGCUGGCUAGCAAGAUUGUCACCCCGCUCAUGACCAAGGGUGCGGACGCGAUCGACGACACGAUUGCGACGAUGGACGAGUACUACCUGGGCAAGGACGACUGGGACGCAUUUGUCGAGCUCGGUGUCGACACGAUGAAGGAGGAGUUGAUCCUGAAGAAGAUUCCUACUGCGACCAAGUCGGCGUUCACGCGGUCGUACAAUAAGGGCGACCACCCGAUCGCGUUCCACAAGGGCGACAUGUUUGCUGCGUCCAAGAAGAAGAUUGCAAACGACGGCCCUGCGCCGGACAAUGACGAGGUGUUUGAGGAAGACGAGGCGCCGCCAGAGGAGGAGGACGACAACGCGGGGGCCGACGAGGAUGUCAACGACGUGGGCAAGGACAAGCUGAUCAAGGCUGUCAAGCCCAAGGCCAAGGGCAAGGCGAAGAAGUAGAGUAGGCGUUGUCGGUAGUGAGUGUGGAAGGGGUAUGCCGCCACGCUAGCCACAGAUGUACAUAUACCAUAUUGAGAUGCGAGUGCCACGGCUUGGCCGCCAUCC